AUGGCUUGCUGUGUCACCCGCUGCUGCAGUGUCCCUACCGGCCCCGCCACCACCAUCUGCACCUCUGACAAAUGCUGCCGGUGUGGAGUCUGCCUGCCCAGCACCUGCCCACAUGAGAUCAGCCUCCUGCAGCCCACCUGCUGCGACUGCUGCCCCCCGCCUUGCUGUGAGCCUGACACCUAUGUGCCAACCUGCUGGCUGCUCAACUCUUGCCACCCGACGCCUGGCCUGAGUGGGAUCAACCUGACCACCUAUGUCCAGCCUUCCUGCGAAGGUCCCUGCGAGCCCUGCUGUUAA